AUGCAGAAAAAUAACCAAUCAAAGAAGCCAUCAUCGAAGAAUCCAUCGCCAGGCGGCGCAAGUGGUCGACCGAAAAAGGAGAAACCAUCGAAGGAUACGAAGAAGUCGAAGAAUUUGGUAACUGGGAAGCGGACACCGUCGAAUACAAAAGUGAAGACGUUGACGACGUCAGUGUCUCCCACGGAUGCUGGUGGGGGCGGUACUCGAACAGCCGAAGAGGCCAAAUCGGCAGAUACGAAGCCGAAAAAGGAAAUGACGAGAAAGCGAUCAGUGACACCGGCGCCACGGGAGAAAGAGCUCAAAUUGGAGCCAACUCAACAGGAUGAGCCGGAGAAGAAAGAGGAGCCAGCAGGUGUUCAAAGUGGAAUGGAUGUUAUAGUGAAGGAUGACAAGAAGAUAGUCAAAAUGGACGAUGGAUAUGAGGAUUUUGGUCCUGGAGCUGCUUAG